CUCCCCUGGACCCCUGCCCUGUUCAUACAUGCCUUUCUCCUUUUCCUGCUUUGCUUUUUGAUAGGCCCCCUUUUCAGCUCACCUCAUGAAAACCAACCAAACCCCUUUUCCCUCCGUCUGGUCUCAAGCAUGCAGGUACAUAGAGAGAGAGAGAGAGAUACUAUAAAGUAACCCCCGGACUAGGGUUUCACGGAGGACCAUUUUGAUGCUUGUUUUACCGAUUCUUCAACUCCAGACUCCAUAUCUGUAGAGAGAGAAAGAGAAGCACACACAUAUAUACACAUAUACAGAGAGAGAGAGAAUAGAGAAGGAAGUGCAAAGCAUGAGCAGUAAAAUUAGGGUGUAGGGAAUUAUUGCUUGCCUUCUUUCUCUUUCUUUCUCUCACAGUCUAAGAGAGAGGAAGUUUGAGACAUUUGGGUUUUCGCCCCUCGUGUCUCCUCUUCCUCUCUAUCCCAACAAUUUUUUCUUUUUCUUCCUUUUCUUCUAAAGAUAUUUCCUGUGUAUUUGAGAGAUCCAGUUUGCUAGACUUUUGUUUGUGUAAAGAAAGUCCCCAUUGUUAAUUAUUUUCUACUCAUUGUUAGAAGCAAUUGUAGAUUUGUGUGAAAGAGAGAGAGGAAGAAGGAAGGGUGAGUGAGUUGCCUUAAUAGGCUGUGAGAAUAAAAAGGGCAUAUUUCAUGAGUUUUGGGGGUUUUCUUGAUACUAAUAGCGGCGGCGGCGGCGGCAGUGGUGGCGGUGGUGCAAGAAUCGUCGCCGACAUACCUUACAGCAACCACAGCAUGCCCAGUCGCCUUGUCUCUCCUCUUUCCAAGUCCAUGUUCGCCUCUCCUGGCCUCUCCCUCGCUCUCCAAACGAGUAUGGAGGGACAAGGGGAUGGGGCAAGAAUUACGGAGAAUUAUGAGAGCAAUGUCGGAAGAAGAAGCAGGGAAGAGAAUGAGAGCAGAUCUGGAAGCGAUAACAUGGACGGAGCCUCUGGCGACGAUCUAGACGGCGCCGACGACAAGCCGCCGCGGAAGAAGCGGUACCACCGUCACACUCCUCAGCAAAUCCAAGAACUCGAAUCUCUUUUUAAGGAGUGCCCUCAUCCGGAUGAGAAACAAAGGUUGGAGCUUAGCAGGAGGCUUUGUUUGGAGACUAGGCAAGUUAAAUUCUGGUUCCAAAAUCGCCGUACCCAAAUGAAGACCCAGCUGGAGCGACACGAGAACUCCAUUCUAAGGCAAGAAAACGAUAAGCUUAGAACUGAAAACAUGACUAUUAGGGAAGCAAUGAGAAACCCAAUUUGCAACAACUGCGGUGGUCCAGCGAUAAUUGGAGACAUAUCAUUAGAAGAGCAGCAGCUUCGGAUUGAAAAUGCCCGUUUAAAAGAUGAGCUAGAUCGAGUUUGCAAUCUCGCCGGAAAAUUCCUCGGCCGCCCUAUCUCCGCCUUGCCCGGACUGCCAAACUCCAGUUUGGAAUUGGGUGUUGGGAGCAAUGGGUUUGUUGGGGGGUUAAGUAGUGGUUUAAGUGUGGUAACGACAACAUUGCCUUUGGGGCCUGAUUUCGGGGUUGGGAUUUCAAGUCCUUUUCCAGUGGUGGUGCCGCCGAGUAGAGGCUCUACGGGUGUGGCGGGCGGUUCUUUGGAGAGAUCUAUGUAUUUGGAGCUUGCUUUGGCUGCUAUGGAGGAGUUGGUCAAGAUGGCACAGGCUGAUGAGCCGCUUUGGUUUAGGGGGUUUGAAGGAGGAAGGGAGAUAUUGAAUGAUGAUGAGUAUUUGAGGAGCUUUUCUCCUUGUAUUGGAUUGAAACCAAAUGGGUUUGUGACUGAGGCUUCUAGGGAGACUGGCAUGGUUAUCAUCAACAGUUUGGCUCUUGUGGAGACAUUGAUGGACUCGAAUCGGUGGGCGGAAAUGUUCCCUUGUAUGAUUGCUCGAACCACAACUACUGAUGUAAUCUCCAAUGGUAUGGGAGGAACUAGAAAUGGUGCACUUCAGCUGAUGCACGCGGAGCUCCAAGUUCUUUCACCACUGGUUCCAGUUCGCGACGUAAAUUUCCUUCGCUUCUGCAAACAGCACGCUGAGGGAGUGUGGGCGGUGGUCGAUGUCUCCAUCGACAGCAUCCGGGAAACAUCUGGUGCCCCGACGUUUCUCAGUUGCAGGAGGCUUCCUUCUGGUUGUGUGGUACAAGAUAUGCCCAAUGGGUACUCCAAGGUUACAUGGGUAGAACAUGCGGAAUAUGAUGAGAGCGUUGUUCAUCAGCUCUACCGGCCCUUGGUUGGUGCCGGCAUGGGCUUUGGUGCCCAGAGGUGGGUAGCCACCCUUCAACGCCAAUGCCAAUGCCUGGCUAUCCUAAUGUCAUCUGCUGUACCAUCAAGAGAUCAUACUGCUAUUACUGCGAGUGGGCGACGGAGCAUGUUAAAGCUUGCGCAGCGCAUGACAGACAAUUUCUGUGCCGGAGUCUGCGCUUCAACGGUGCACAAAUGGAACAAGCUAACUGCUAGCAAUGUAGACGAAGAUGUCCGGGUUAUGACCCGGAAGAGCGUGGACGAUCCCGGUGAGCCACCGGGUAUCGUCUUGAGUGCCGCAACUUCUGUUUGGCUACCCGUGUCUCCACAAAGACUCUUUGAUUUCCUGCAUGAUGAACGACUCAGAAGCGAAUGGGACAUAUUGUCCAAUGGUGGACCCAUGCAGGAAAUGGCCCAUAUUGCCAAAGGCCAAGACCAUGGCAAUUGCGUCUCUCUCCUCCGCGCCAGCGCCAUGAACGCGAACCAGAGCAGCAUGCUGAUACUGCAGGAGACGUGCAUAGACGCAGCAGGGUCGCUUGUGGUGUACGCGCCUGUCGACAUUCCGGCCAUGCAUGUCGUGAUGAAUGGUGGGGAUUCUGCCUACGUGGCGCUUCUGCCCUCUGGAUUUGCGAUCGUUCCGGAUGGGCCGGGGUCACGCGGGCCGGCUAGUAACAACGGCCCAACCAAUAUGGGGGGCUCACCCCAAAGGACCGGUGGGUCCCUCCUAACCGUGGCCUUCCAGAUCCUGGUGAAUAGUUUGCCAACGGCCAAGCUCACGGUUGAAUCAGUGGAGACGGUGAACAAUCUCAUCUCCUGCACCGUCCAGAAGAUCAAAGCCGCCCUUCAGUGCGAAAGCUGAUCUGGGUCACGCGAUUUUCAUGUGCCGGAUAAGGAAAAAUGACGGUAGUUUGCAUUGGUGGGGAUUUAACAAAUCUAUAUGGAGUGAGAAGAUAAUUUAACAAUUGUAAUUUUUUUUUUUUUUUAUUAGAGUGGUGGUGUGGGAGUGACAUGGCGUGGCUUGUGUGAUUUUUUUUAAAUUUUUUUUUAGUGCAAGUGUGGGGGUGUGAGUCAAGAACGAACCGCGGGUGUGGUAAAAGUCCUUGCAGGGUGGUAAGAGCAAAAAGAUGGCGGACCCGGGUCGGACUCGGAAGUGGGGGGCUGUGUACAAGUUGUUCUUAACUCAAUGCAAGGGUGGUGGUUCGGGUAUUGACUCAGGUCGACCCGUGAGCUGAGCUCCAAGCGCCGUUUUCAGAGUUGGGGAUUGUUUCGUCAUUUGACUUGAAAUCAUUUUGUAUUUUUUUCGUGUAUUUUUUUUGUUUUUGUUUUGGGUGUUGAUUUUAUGUUGUGGUUUAGGGAUUUGAUUUGCGGUUUGCAGAAAGAACUGUGGUGUUGUAGUAGUAAUGUUAUACUGAAGAGAUUUGACUAAA